ACCUAUAAAACAAAGUACUUAGAAAAUAAUUCUUGAGCCUAUUUCCUUUAGCCAAAGAAAUGGGAAUUCCUUCAUCUGUAGCUCCAAUUCUCAAAAGGUUAGAAGGUAAAGUAGCAGUGAUCACAGGCGGAGCUAGUGGAAUUGGAGAGGCUGCAACUCGGCUUUUCACAAAACACGGCGCCAAAGUUGUGGUUGCUGAUGUUCAAGAUGAUCUGGGUCGUGCCCUGUGCAAAGAACUAGGCUCAAACGACACCAUCUCCUUCGCGCAUUGCAAUGUCACGAAUGAAAACGACAUGCAAAACACGAUAGACGGGGCAAUUUCGAGGUACGGAAAGCUAGACAUCAUGUUCAGUAACGCGGGAAUAACCGGAAACAUGAAGGACCCGAGUAUUUUAGCCACGGAUUACAACGUCUUCAAGAACGUGUUUGAUGUAAACGUUUACGGGGCAUUUUUAGGAGCUAAAAUUGCAGCCAAAGCUAUGAUACCAACUAAAAAAGGUAGCAUUUUGUUCACUUGUAGUAUUGCUUCUGUAAUUGGUGGAAUUGGUGCACCAAUAACUUAUGCUUCAUCAAAACAUGCUGUAGUUGGACUAACAAAUCAUUUAGCUGUUGAAUUGGGACAAUAUGGAAUAAGGGUAAAUUGCAUUUCUCCAUAUACAGUUGCUACACCGCUUGUUAGGGAAAUUUUGGGGAAAAUGGAUAAGGAAAAAGCAGAGGAAAUUAUUAUGGAAACUGCUAAUCUUAAAGGGAGAAUAUUGGAACCAGAGGAUAUUGCUGAGGCUGCUGUUUAUUUGGGAAGUGAUGAAUCUAAGUAUGUGAGUGGUAUUAAUUUAGUGAUUGAUGGAGGGUAUAGUAAAACUAAUCCAUUUGCCUCGAUUGUCAUGCAAAACUACAUUUAAUUUUCUAGAAGUUGAAGGACAUUUAAUUUUCUUGUUUGUAUGUUUGUUUGUUGUUUAUGAGUUCAAUAUCAUGUAAGUGUGUUCUUGUAUACCAUUUGUGCAGAAAUUUUC